AUGACGACGCUAGACGAUGCUGAACGAAUGAACGCCUACUGGAACAAAGUUGACCACCGAGGUCCAGGAAUGAUAGAGCCGAAUUGUGUUCGACGGAAUUCCAAGCACAAGUGGUGUGAUUUUAAGGAAAAUGGAACAGAGUUCAAGAUUCUUCUAUCCGGAAGCAGUUACGUUAAAAACCAUCACAAGGUGUUCAUCCAAGAAUGUAAACAUCGCGCUACCAUGAUUUCAAUGGACGAUGUGAUUGGUUGCGAACCACUAGCAUAUCCCCGCAAGCCUGUGGAAAAUGAUGGAUAUACAAGUUGGACAAAAGUAUGUGCUGGCAAACUAAAAGAAUUUGUGGACUUUGUGAAAGAGACACAACCGGAUUAUGUUUUCUUUUUUACAAGAUGGUUUGCUGUCGGUGAACCCUAUGACACUAAUGAAAACGAUUUGGGCAACGACACAAUAUAUAAGGAAAUGAAGAGCCAACUGAAACAGUUCCUGCCAAAUAUCAAGAAGAAACUAUUCAUUUUGGAUUCGUUUCCGAGAGUCUACACAAAAAAAAUUAAGGAUAUUGUCAAGGAACUAAAAGCAGGGAAGAAGACAAUGGAGGAAAUAAAUAAGUCUCUGUACAAUCCGAGUUCGUUUGAGAAUGGUCGCCGUCGCCACUCAGAAUUAAUCAAAAAAGAAUGUGGAUCAAAAUGUGAAUUGAUUGAUUAUGUGGACGCGUUCUGGAACAAAACGAUGAAUGCUUUUCAAUACUUUGACUCAAAAGGCUUUUCUUACUUCACAACUGGUCAUCAUCUUUCUGCACAUGGAAUUGAACAUGUCCGGCAUAUUUACACUAAAAUCUGCAAUAAUUUAUAG